AUGGCGUCCCUUGACUCAAAAAAGAAAGAAGUUAAAGCUUCCGGAAGCCGCGGACUCGGUGGAAGCCCGCUACAUGCGGAAAAGAUACGCAACAUUAGGUGGUAUAAUUUUGGAGUUUUACCACAGGAGGCGGUAUAUAUCAAACAAUUGGGAGCAACAAAAGAAAAUUUGAAGGCAGACUUGAGUCUAAAUAAAGUGCAAACGACAUCGGACAAGCACCAUCAAGAGAUUAUGGGAAAAAACAACCUUAUCCGCUCUUUACAAGAAAAUAUUAAGACACUAGAGGUGCAAGUCGAAAGUGUACAAACCAACUUUGAUCAGGUCAAAGAUGAUUACAUGACGCUUGAAGUGGAAGCAGCCCUUUCAAGUAACGAAGAAGAAACCAAAGAGUUAAAGGAUAAACUAAAUCAACUUGAAAAUGAUUGUGUUGGGGCAAGAUGA